AUGGAGAAUAUUGAUCAACUCCCUGUUUGGAAAUAUGAUCAUGCAAUGCAAGAUUAUGAUCCAUUUCUUCCUCCUUUUCCAUCAUCUUCAUAUGAUAAUAAUAAUAAUUUUCUGUACAGAGGAAACUCAAGUGAUGGUUAUAUUUCAAAAGAUUGGUCGUCACAUUAUGGAUUUCCCAUGCAAGAUACCUGUUUUGAUGCUAUCCCCAUCAAGGAAUAUUAUCAUCCUGAAUAUCAAUAUGAAACUUUUCCUAAUGAACUAUCAACUCAGAUAAGCAUACAAGAUUAUGGCUUUUGUGAUGCUAAAAAUGAGAUUUUAACAUGGAGUGAAAUUGAUGCUGGAUUAUAUUCGGAUGAAAAUGUGUUUUCUAUUAGCAACAAUGUUGUAGAAAAUAAUGCAACGGAAAAUGUGAAGGGUAAACGAUGUAGAGAAGAGAAUAAUAAUAGUGCAAGAAUGUUAACAAGGAAGAAUAUUUCUGAGUAUUUCUACAUGCCAAUAUCACAAGCUGCUAGAGAGCUUAAUGUUGGACUUACACAUUUGAAGAAAAGGUGUAGGGAUCUUGGAAUCCAAAGGUGGCCUCAUAGGAAACUAAUGAGUCUUCAAACCCUUAUUAAGAAUGUUCAAGAGCAGGGAAAUGAGAGUGAUGAAAAAAUAAUGAAUGCUGUGGAAAUAUUGAAGAAAGAAAUGAAGAUGGUAGAGGAAAAACCAGAUUUGCAACUCGAAGAAAAUACAAAAAGACUUAGACAAGCAUGUUUCAAGGCUAAUUACAAGAAGAGAAGAUUAAUGGUCAUGAGUUUAAUGGAUCAACAGCAUUCUUCUCUGAGUGAAAGUGAAAGUGUUAAUAAUUACAAAAUGGGAUAA